AAACCAAAAAAAUAAAACCAUUUAUGCUAGCUUCCUGCAAUCUUCUUCUACAUCAUCAACAUCGUCCUGCUGGCCAUGGCUGUUAUUAAAGUGCAGGUUCUGGUUUUUGUAUUAGCUAUGGCCUUUGCCGGAUUCAUUGGCUCUGUUGUUUCCUAUGAUCGUCCUCCUGCUGGCAAGCACAUUUCCAUUCUUCAACCAAAGGUUUCCUCAUCUACUCCUCAACAGGUGCAUAUAUCCGUAGUUGGUGCUGAUCAAAUGAGGAUAUCUUGGAUUACGCAAAGCUCGGCUCCAGCAGUAGUAGAUUACGGUACAUCUCCAAAGAGUUACACCAACUCUGCUUCUGGCACUUCAUCUUCCUAUCGUUAUCUUUUCUACAAAUCCGGUGAGAUUCACGAUGCCGUCAUUGGUCCGUUGAAUCCGAACACCAUCUAUUACUACCGAUGCAGCUCGGAUUCAUCCCGCGAAUUUAGUUUCAAAACUCCACCAGCUCAACUCCCGAUCAAAUUCGCUGUUGCUGGUGAUCUUGGGCAGACAGAUUGGACAAAUUCAACUCUCCAACACAUAGGACAAUUGAAUCACGACAUGUUGUUACUGCCAGGAGACUUGGCAUAUGCUGAUCUGAUGCAACCUCUAUGGGAUUCAUUCGGCCGCCUGGUCGAGCCUCUGGCUAGUCAACGGCCCUGGAUGGUUACGCAAGGCAACCACGAAGUCGAAAGGAUGCCUCUCGUCCAUAAGACCCCCUUCACGGCCUACAACGCGCGAUGGCAUAUGCCGUUUGAGCAAAGCGGAUCCACUUCCAACUUGUACUACUCUUUCGACGCGGCCGGUGUCCAUGUUAUCAUGCUCGGCUCUUACACCAAUUUCGAUCCCGCUUCCGAUCAAUUCAAAUGGCUGCAAGCUGACUUGGGGAAGAUUGACAGGGGGAAAACUCCAUGGAUCAUUGUCAUAGUCCAUGCACCAUGGUACAAUACCAAUACUGCUCACCAAGGGGAGUCUGCAGCAGAUCUUAUGAAGACAUACAUGGAACCAUUGCUUUAUAAAGCUCAAGUCGAUAUCGUUCUGGCCGGCCAUGUUCAUGCUUAUGAACGCUUCACUCGAGUUUAUAACGGAAAAGCUGAUGAUUGUGGUCCGGUCUACAUCACGAUCGGCGACGGCGGAAACCGCGAAGGUCUAGCUAACAAGUAUAUGGAUCCGAAACCUGAAACAUCAGUGUUCAGGGAAGCAAGCUUCGGGCACGCCCAACUUGAAAUGGUGAACGCGACACAUGCUCUGUGGAAUUGGCAUAGGAACGACGAUAGUGCUACAGUUGCUUCAGAUUCAGUUUGGUUCACAAGCCUAUCGUCUCUUCCUGUUUGUAAACUUUGAUGUUUAAUCCUACGUUACAGCUUUAUUAUUUGUAUGAAACAAUAAACCAUAGGGAAAAUGUAAUAAA